AUGCAGGGACCGCACUCCCCUGCCAAAGCAUUUCAGGCGAAGAAUCACUUCGCCACAAGACGGGGCAUGAUCCAUCAUCCUUAUCCUCCCCACCAAGCUCCUUACAUGCAAGCCUACGACCGUACCCUUCUUGACAACGAUCGAUUCUCAGAUGUUCUCUUGCAACGUCUCAGCACCAAUGGGACGCCGUCGUUUCUUACAUUCAACGGUAACCCACCUACUACUAUUCUUGAUGUGGGAUGCGGCGCAGGACAUUGGGCCAUUAGGGCUGCAAAGCAUUGGCCGAAAGCAAGGAUAAUCGGUAUUGACUUAAUUGCUCCAUCAAGCUUAAAUGACGGCAUUGCUGCGCCAUCAAAUGUAGAAUGGAGGCAAAUGAACUUCGUCGGGCACCGAUUAGGCUUCCCUAGUGACACAUUCGACCUUGUGCGGAUGGCAAAUCUGUCCCUGUGCAUCCCUCUUGAGAGUUGGGAAGAUGUUCUCAUGGAAGUCAUGAGAGUUUUGGCGCCCGGCGGGCGACUAGAAUUGAUUGAUGAUCAAGCCUUAUUCCCAACCGUGAAACCUUUGGAACGCGUUCCAGCUUCGCCGGCCGCCGCCAGCGUCUCUCCUUCCCGCCCUCAUUCGUACAUCGACUUUGAUGACAGCGACUCGGAUGACGAUGACGACUUCAAGAGCACACGGAGCUCCCUAUCCGAAGACGAAGAAGAAUCACCGCCAUACGAUGCUACAUCAGAAUGGACGAGACAUGAGUCCAAUGCGAAAGAUCUGGAGGGUCUGUUCGUCGAUAUGCUCUGGAGCAAGUACAAAAUCCGCACAGACCAACGAAGAAACAUACAGGAAGUUCUGGAUCAUGUUUUCGGCCGAUACAACGCCCAGAGAGUCGCGGCGAUGACUCUCGCCAUUGCACCUCCUGCACCAAAUUCAGACUUGGGCUCAGGCUCUGGUUCAGAUCCUGAUCAAGCGUCGGUGUCGAGCACAGACAGCAAGAGCCUGAAGAAGAAGAAAGGGAAAGUCUUCAAGCAGUGGAUUGCUGUUGAAUGGGACAAGAUCGAGAACAAGGGCAAAAAGGGCGACCGUUCCAGUGGAGAGAGCGUCCUGUCCCCCAUACCACAAUCCAUUAGUGCCAAAGCAGCCGGCCGUCUAGGUAUUCCCUCUUCUGCUGCUCCUUCCCCCACUUCACAAUCGCCCCGACAUUCAGUAAAUCCCCCACCCUCACGUCCUGCUCAAUCUCCCGGGUUGGUCCUGUGGCCUAACACGUUGAUUGAACUGGGGCCUUUCGAGCUUGAGAUGCACGCAUGCAAGCACAUGCAGAGUCUGCUCGGGUGCAAAGCUGCGCUGCAUGAGUACGCGCAAGAAUUCUUCCGUGACACCGACGGAAAUGCCCUUUUAGAUGAGGCAGUGUUAGAUGAUCUCAUUUGGGACUAUGAAUGCUUCCGCCGCAAGCGUUUCAACUGGCCCUCAGUGACUCCCGAAAUGGAAAAGUCUAUUCAUGAUGAGCCCUCCGUCACUCCUAAUCACAGACUUUCAACCGACGUACUCUCUAUUCGCCCACGUCCUCGAGGAUACUCAGACGCCAGUGUGAAACAACCCGAGUCAUCAUGUUAUUCGAAAGACGAGCUCACUUUCGUGCGCUCCAUCUACGUGUACACUGCCAGCAAGAAUACCGCCGACGAUAUCAUUUUAUCAUAG